AUGUUGAAGUUGGAGAUUAUACACUUGCGUAUUAAUUAUGGUUCAAGAACUUCUGUUGAUAAGUCGGCAUCAUUGACUUUAUUGUGUCGGCCGUGGAAAGAAUUAGCUAAUUCAUCUACCGUUCUUUCAAGUUUUGAUAUAGCUAAGAAAGACAUUCCAUCUGAUUGUGUUCUCGGAUCAAAUAUUUCAUCAAGCGUUGUGAAUGCUGAUGUGUCGAAAGAUGCUUCGGUUAAUUUAUGGACAUCAUCAUCUACAAGUCAUGAUUCUGCUUCGUGUCCUUUUACUGCAUUGGCUAAAGUUGUUACAGCUUCACAGACAGACUGUAAGGAUUCGAAAAAUCUAGAAGAUUCUGCUAAGGAAGUAGUUGAAGAUAAACGGAAAGAAACGUUAACUUUAGCGGAAGUCGACCUAGUUGCAGGUGAAAGAGAAAUGCCAGUUAUUCGACAGCAUUGCCGAGCUCAUAAUUCCGAUGCUAAUGAACAGAGGUGUAAUAAUCAUGGACCUUUUCAUUUCGAGUUAAAUGAUGUACACAACAACGGUGCUGAAAAGAAUAACGAAUCUCUCUGCAGGUCAAGGAAAGUAGUACGUUUAGUGUAUGAUGGCAGACUGUUGAUUAAUACUCUCAGUUGGUUACAAAUGCCUGCUGCUCUAGUUGACUCACGAACUUUGAGAAUGGUUGCAAUUAAUGAGGUGGGUAGUUAUGUAAUGGCUGCAUGGCGCAACGACUUCCAAUAUCUUGCUGAGGUUCUAGCCCAUCGUCAGCGACAUGGUACAAGAGCAGAGUAUCGCCUACGUUAUAUUUGGGAUCGCGUUGUAGAAUGGACACCCGUCAGCAAGUUACGCAAAGCAACUCAGUACGAAAUCGAUUAUGUCUUAAAAUUCUGUAAAGAGCAAGGUACACUAUCCACAAAUAAAAUCCCUAGUAAAUUUGAUCUGCAGUAUUCAUGUAGUAGUAGCAAUGAUUCUGCAUCAGGAACAUCUCAAGCUAAAAGAAUAAGGACAAAUGUGUCAGAAAGCAAGUCAAUAGACCGCACUUCGGAUCCUGAAACACAUCGCUAUCGGUCACGUCCUACUCAUGUAAGUACAAGUGGUUUCUCUGUCUUAGAAGGCAAGAAGACUUUUCUUCCAACAUUAUUUGAUGGAAUCAUCGAACAGGAUGGGAUGGUUUGUGAUAAGAGUGUUUUCCAGUUUCACGAAGCCUGUCGAAGACGUCGUGAAUUGAAAAGAAAAGCUAUCGAAGAGAACGACACAUGUCCACAUGGAUUUGACAGUUCUGUAUCUGUUUUGAGUCAAACAUUCACCAUCAGGUCAAACCAUCAGAACAGGUGUGGUCUUAAUUCACAACAUAAUUCUAUAAGAACCGAAAAUUAUGCAGCGGAAGCUACAGUAGCAUCCCCACCGGUAUCAUCCAUUUAA